AGGAAUCACCUCUAAGUGCUUCACACUUCACAUACCAUUUCCAAAUCUCUGCAUAAUAAAACCAUCCACUUGGAGAGAGAGAGAGAGAGAGAGAGAGAGAGAGAGAGAUGGUUCUGUUGGAGAAGCUGUGGGAUGAUGUAGUCGCCGGUCCUCAGCCGGAUCGCGGCCUCGGCCGCCUCCGCAAGAUCACCACUCAACCCAUUAACAUCAAAGAUGUAGGAGAAGGGAGCAGCAGCAGCAAGAUGCAGAGGUCGAUGACGAUGCCGUCGGCGGCGGGGAGUCCGGUAACGCCGACAACGCCGACAACGCCGGCCGGUUCGGUCAGGAAGGAGAACGUGUGGAGGAGCGUGUUUCAUCCGGGCAGCAACCUCAAUACGAAGGGCCUCGGUGCCAACCUCUUCGACAAGCCCUCUCACCCCAACUCCCCCACCGUCUACGACUGCGACAAAAGAGAGGCUGAGAGGAAGGAAAACGUGGCACUUUGUUUAGUAGGCGUUUGGAUUAAAUAAUAAGAAAGAGAUCCAUUUUCGUUAAUGGCUCUACAGUGGCGAAUCAAGGAGCCAGCACCGCUGAACGAGGAGUCAGGCAACGAUAGAGUGACAUGCGGGUGAUGGAAAAACGAUGCCACGUGUCUUUGUUAUCCGUUUUCUUUUGUACUGGGAGGAGAAGGGGAAAUGGUAAAGUACGGGGCUGUUUUGUCAGGGGAAAAAGUUUUGGGGGGUUUGUAUGUAAAUAUCGUCUUUUCAUCCUCCAGGUGGUUUGUGCUUUUUUUUGGCUUGCCUUUUGUUAAAAGCGGUUAUGACCGUUGGAUCUCGCCCUAAUCUCUGGUUUUUGACGGUGUUGAUGCAUGCAGAUGUUGCUUGUAACCUUUUUUUUGUUAAAUAAAUAAAAUAUGAUGUGACAAAAAAAACUUUUUUUUA